CACAAACAUUUUUUUUGCACAUCUCUUGGCGAUAGUCGUUGACGGCUGGAACGGGUAAACGUCAAAUCUGAGCGAGGAGGAACCAAUCAUCGCUCAUUGGAGAAAUAGAAAGCUUGCCGUUGGAUAUUUGUCUCAAAUGUGUGUCGUAUUGGAUUACUGAUCUUUGAAAAUCAAAGAAUUCCUGCCGAGAGGAAGACAAUCCUGAGAAAAAAACGAAAAAUUAAAAGUAGGGUUGUGUCUGGCGGAGCCUGUAGGAGUAAGCGAGAGGCAACAAAGAGGAAAACGAAACAAAAUCAUCCAUCCAUCCAUCCAUCUGACCCGGGGCAAAAAGGCUAGGUUCGAAGUAACAUAUAAAAAAAACCUGUCGUAGGAAAAUAAUGGCGAAAACGUACGAUUACCUGUUCAAAUUGUUGCUGAUCGGAGAUUCCGGCGUGGGCAAGACUUGCAUUCUGUUUCGCUUUUCCGAGGAUGCAUUCAACACGACCUUCAUCAGUACGAUCGGUAUUGACUUCAAAAUCAGAACCAUUGAGUUGGAUGGCAAGAAAAUUAAAUUGCAGAUAUGGGAUACGGCCGGCCAGGAACGAUUUCGCACAAUCACAACCGCUUACUACCGGGGUGCGAUGGGUAUUAUGCUUGUGUAUGACAUUACGCAGGAAAAAUCAUUCGAGAACAUUAAAAAUUGGAUCAGGAACAUAGAGGAGAAUGCGUCCGCCGACGUGGAGAAGAUGCUGCUGGGUAACAAGUGCGAGUUGAACGAAAAGCGACAGGUGACACGAGAUCGUGGGGAGCAAUUAGCGGUAGAGUACGGUAUUAAGUUCAUGGAAACUUCCGCAAAGGCUAGUAUUAAUGUGGAUGAAGCAUUUUUCACACUUGCCCGAGACAUUAAGUGUAAAAUGGAGAAGCGAAUGGAAGCGAAUAAUCCUCCUAAGGGCGGACACCAGCUCAAAGCAUCCGAGCAACCACGAAAGGCACCGAGCUGGUUAUCGAAGUGCAAUCUGUUUUGACCUUGUAAUAGUUCUAUUAAUUAUUGUAACUUUUUUAUAUAACAUACUAAAUAAUAACUAUAAUAUUUACUAUGUAGAACAGACGGAAGGGGACAAAACAGAAGAAGAAAAAUUGUGAAAGGGAAACGACAAAAUUGUGAUUACACGCUAUAGAAUACACAAACAGCAAUGUAUGACACAGCAGAGUCACUCGGAAGAAGAAAAAAACGAACAUUCAUCCAAUUGUAAAACAUCAAUUACUACGGUGAAGAGAAGGACACCAAAAUACAACCGAAUAUGACAGGAAAACAUUAAACUGGGAAUGCAUAAUAACUUUUUAACUUAUUUUUCCAACGAGGACGUCACUUGAGCGGCCACCGGUAUUAGAGGUCGUUAAAUACUUAUGAUAUACGUGAUAAGCGUGAUAACCCGAAUAGUUACACCCACUGCGGUCUAAAAGCAACAAAAACAAUAACAAUAUGAAAUCGAAAACACAUUCUUAGCAAAAUCGCGCGGAACACGACUCAUUCAUUCAAAAGGAAGAUUUUUUUUCGUAACGUAAACAUUCUCUUCGUAUGAUAAUUCGCUAAAUUUAAUUGAAUAUACAGCAAUUAAUAUAUAUACUUCGCGAACCAUAAAGUGUGACAUAUUUAUAUUCAUACGCUGAUCUGUUCAAACAUAACAGAUACAGUUGACACAAAUUUUGAUUCAAUGAGCUUGAAAGAAUGAGCACUUUAUGCUCAGCUUUGUACAUCGAUCGAGUGCUUUCUUUCACUUGAUACUUCAUUCAUGCAUGUGGAUAGGUCACAUUUAGCAUCCUACAACAAAUUGAAAUACAUCUAAAAACACAUUAUGGUACUCUCGCAUAGAAACCUUGAUAUUCACAAUCGUUCAUUUAGCAAGCACACACAAACACAUUCGAGGAAUGAAAACAAUGAAAAGAUAGGAUCGUCAUCAUAAGUUCGCUUUCUCUGGACGAAACUCAUCACUUCACAGUCGCGAAUAUUAUGCGGAUAAAUUAUAGCAGGAAACAUCGUUAGCCACAAAGUUAUGGAAUAAGUAUGAAGAUUUUUCUUCAAAACAA